CCGCCAUAAUACCAAAGAAGAAGAAGUAGCUAGCUAGGCUAACUACAUCAGUGGUGCUGUGUCACAUUUUCGUGAAGCGUUGCCAUCCACACCUUUUUGCCAAGACUGAGCUCUAGGACCAGACAUGGCACGUGGUCAUCAAAAAGUCCAGUCUCAGCAGAAGAAUGCCAAGAAGCAAGCCGAGGCCAAGAAGGCCAAAGGACAUGACCAGAAGACGGCCGCCAAGGCAGCUUUAGUGCACACCUGCGGUGUCUGCCUGUCACAGAUGCCGGACCCCAAAACCUUCAAGCAGCAUUUUGAGAGUAAACACCCCAAGUCCCCCAUGCCCCCAGAGCUGGUCGAUGUAGACUCUGGCAUCUGAACCGGACUCCCACUGAAGAUCCCAGCUAUGGUCCUUGUUUAAGGCAAACUGUCAAUGCAGAAAACAAACCUCUCUCUCUCUCUCUCUCUCUCUCAUCCACACCUUCAUACAGAAAACAAACCCCUCUCAUUAAAUACCUAAUGUCUCUUUGUUGGUCUCUUUCAUCCUAGUUUUCAGUUUGUCCCUGUGGAAACCUAGAAAUGUAUUUUAGUUUAUAAAUCAAUGUUGGGUAGAAACGAGCAGAUUUACAAUCCCAGUUGUGAAAGAUUGAGAUUGUAGAUAAUCCCUAAUCUGGUGUUCUUUAGGUUUGUUACAUUCUUCUCUUCUAUCUCUAAUCGAUGCUUUGUUUUUGGCUGAUCAAACCGAUAAUUCUUGACAGCGAAGUUCCAAGCUGAAACAUGUUGUGACUUGUUUUCUAAUUAACAUCAAACUCCUCAACAUAAUUUGUACGCUUGGAAAACGCAUUCAUGCCCCAAUGAUGUAAUAUAACAUUCAAUAAAGUUGGCUUUGUUUAUUA